ACCACUGGCUGACGUUUACGAACAAACACAUCUGUUUUUUUUUUUCAACCAUUCAUUGAUGUAACCUUAGCCUGCCUAGUGUAGAUAACACACGUUAGCUGCUAGAUCGGGCAGGGAGGACGCUAAGGUUAACAGAAAAUAAAGGUGACAUUUGACAUGGGGAUGCAUCAAGACGUUGCACAAAGGAUGUAAUUUUCUAGAUAGCUGUCUAGCUACUGGAGGCUUUAUGGAGAGGUUUCCAAUUAUAAAAUAAUCUGUCCACGCUGGAAAUAGGAUUUUAAAGCAAAUCAUUGGCAGGUUGGCUAGGUAUGAAGCUAUUAACUGACCAUCUUAUGCGAUCUAAAAAAAUGUAAAAAAAAAAAACAAAAAAAAAAACCAACUAAAUCAGCAUCUAACAUCCAACUCGCACAGUAAUAUUCAGCGAACUAGUUAACGUUAGCUGUCGAGCUAACAGCAAACUCGGCUGUCAGUUUCUGCAAGUAUACCUAACGGGCACGAUGAAAAACAAAUGAAUGCAUGUUUCGAACGUGAAUGUUGACAAAGCUUGUAUUACGAGCUACCAUUAACGGCUUGUAGCCGCAGCCGCCGUUGUUAGGAUAACUAGCAGUUAAGAAGAAUGUUAAAUGAUGUAUUUCGUCUCGAAUGCUUUUACUUCGCAUGCUAGGUAGCUAGCUGUAUUGGCUUGCUGGUUAGCUGUCUCUUGGAUUUGGAACUAUGAAAGCGCUGCUUAGCAAGCUAGUUAAACGAAUCUGAGUGAUGACACAUAAUGAACCCAUAGAGUCGGGCAGCUGGCUUGAUAACUACCUGCGGAAAGCGAUUUCAUUUUUACACUAUUAAAUACCUGAUACCAUUAAAUUGUCACUUAUUUUGUUUGAGGGCGACAGCGUCUGCUCUUGCUUAGCCUCAGCCUGCAAGCUGUCCGGGUCGGGCCGCUUUGUAUGACGUGCGAAUACCGCGGUGGUGGUCCAAAGCCCGUUUUCCUGGAAUGAUUGUUUUAUCAUUUUAUUGACAUUUCAAAAGUUAACCCCCUCCUCCUCGCUUUUAUGGACACAUGGAGACAAUGAAGAAGUUUUUCGAUUCACGCCGGGAGCUGGUGAGCUCUGGGCCUGGUUCUGGAGGCGGUGGAGGCGGCGGGUUCAGUUCAGCUGGAAACAGUUUCAUUGGGAAGGCGUUCACUAUUGGUCGGCAUCAAGUCACCGUGGAGGAAACGCUGGCUGAAGGUGGCUUUGCCAUAGUGUUUGUUGUGAGAACGUCUCAGGGUGUUCGCUGUGCUCUGAAGAGGAUGUACGUCAACAAUGAGCACGACCUGCAGGUCUGCAAGCGCGAGAUCCAGAUCAUGAGGGACCUGGCGGGCCACAGGAACAUUGUGGGAUUCCUGGACUCCAGCGUCAUGCAAGUGGGAGGGGGGGACGUGUGGGAGGUGCUCAUCCUCAUGGACUUCUGUCGCGGCGGACAGGUGGUGAACCUGAUGAACCAGCGUUUGCAGAGCGGCUUCUCCGAGCCCGAAGUUCUCAGCAUCUUCUGCGACACCUGUGAAGCUGUGGCACGGCUGCACCAGUGCAGGCCUCCGAUCAUACACCGUGACCUGAAGGUGGAGAACGUCCUGCUCCAUGACCAGGGCCACUAUGUGCUCUGUGAUUUCGGCAGUGCCACAAACAGGUUCCAGAACCCUCAGAGUGAGGGCGCGACUGCGGUGGAGGACGAGAUCAAGAAGUACACCACACUGUCGUACCGCGCUCCUGAAAUGGUCAACCUCUACAGCGGAAAAAUCAUCACCACCAAGGCCGAUAUCUGGGCCCUGGGUUGCUUGCUGUACAAGCUGUGUUACUUCACGCACCCGUUUGGAGAGAGCCAGGUGGCCAUCUGUGAUGGUAGCUUCACUAUCCCGGAUACGUCCCGAUACUCUCAAGAUAUGCACUGCCUCAUUCGGUACAUGCUGGAGCCAGACCCUGACCAGAGGCCUGACAUUUACCAGGUGUCCCACUUCGCCUUCAUGUUGGCUCGACGAGACUGCCCGGUGCAGAACACACAGAAUUCCACCAUCCCAGAGAAACUUCCGGAGCCAGUGAGAGCCAGUGAGGCAGCGGCCAAGAAGAGUCAUAACAAACCCAGGCUCACAGACCCCAUUCCAACCACAGAGACGUCCAUCACCCCCCGACAGCGCCCCAAAGCCGGGCACCCUCAACCCAGCUCGGGCAUGCUGCCCAUCCAGCCAGCCCUCACCCCCCGAAAGAGGGCCAACAUCCCCCCUGGUGCUGUCCCGCCCAUAGGUGUGAGCUUAGGCACUGCACAGCUGGCUGCCACCAUCCAAUCACAGAAGGCCCUGGCCACCACCGUCCAAUCGCAGAAGCUGCAGGCUGCUCGGUCUCCAGCUUCCCAACAUAAAACUACAGUAGUACAAUCUCAGGCUCCGCCCACACAGACCCCUCCCCCUUCAGCUCAGGCCACGCCCACACAGGAUUUCCUGAAGCAGCAGCCACAGGCCAAGCCACCACCGGUGCAGCCGACAGUGUCCACACGAGCAGCGCAGCCGGCGCAGCCGAAGGUGUCCACACAAGCAGCGCAGCCAGCAGCCAGGGCAGUGUCCGCGGGGUCCGCAGGCAUGCGGGUUGCAGCUGCUGCUCCUGUUGCCUCCCUGACAGCUUCGGCCCUUCAGAAACCUCAGCCAGGCUCGACCCCACCCGUCGCCCCUGCCAGGAGCUCCCGGCGUAGGCAGGCCAGCCUCGCUUCUCCUGCGGCUAAACCCUCACCUGCAGCCCUACCCUCACCUGCAGCCCAACCCUCACCUGCAGCCCUACCCUCACCUGCAGCUCAACCCUCACCUGCAGCCCAACCCUCACCUGCAGCCCAACCCUCACCUGCAGCCCAACCCUCACCUGCAGCCCAACCCUCACCUGCAGCCCGACCCUCACCUGCAGCCCUACCCUCACCUGCAGCCCAACCCUCACCUGCAGCCCGACCCUCACCUGCAGCCCGACCCUCACCUGCAGCCCGACCCUCACCUGCAGCCCAACCCUCACCUGCUGCUCAACCGGCAGCCCAACCCUCACCUGCAGCCCAACCCUCACCUGCUGCUCAACCGGCAGCCCUACCCUCACCAGCAGCCCUACCCUCACCUGGAGCCCAACCCUCACCUGCAGCCCUACCCUCACCUGCAGCCCAACCCUCACCUGCAGCCCUACCCUCACCUGCAGCUCAACCUGCAGCCCAACCCUCACCUGCAGCCCAACCUUCACCUGCAGCCCUACCCUCACCUGCAGCCCAACCCUCACCAGCAGCUAAACCCUCACCUGCAGCUCAACCUGCAGCCCAACCCUCACCUGCAGCAUCUGCAGCUCGCGCAGCACCUGUGGCAGGUACUGCCCCCAUCUCGGCGGGGGGGCCUAUCCUUGUACCCAUUUCCACUGGCGUCCCACCUGAAGCCUGCACGCCUGCAGCAGGAGGCGCACCUGCAGUACCUGUCCCUGCCCCUGUCUCAGCUGAAAUACCUGUGGCGCCCCCUGCAGUUGGGCCUGUGCAGACGUCCAUGUCCUCUGACGAGGGAUCUCAGGGGGCGGAGUCUGUGACUCCUGGCUCCUCCCCCGACUUUGCCCAGCAGAGGGGCCUGAGUGAACUUACCCAGGAUGCAGAGACCCACCUCAUGUCUUGUGUGCACCCUCCGGCCAAGACCAGCAGCACCAUUACCCCAGCACCCUCAGCCCCCCCAGUGAGGCCAUGCAGCCCCACCAAACAGUCCACCUGGAACCCCUUUGGUGAUGAAAACCCUUUUGGUGAUGACAACUUCUCCACACUGAGUGCUGAAGAGCUGCUCAACAAGAACUUUGGCAAAAUGGAAGACAGCAAGGCUAAGGGGACAGACGAUGGUUUCACUGAGAGUCUCGUUCCAGGUCUCCAGCCUGCCCCAGCUGCUCCGGCUUCCCCGGCUGCCCCAGCUGCUCUGGCUUCUCUGGCUGCCCCAGCUGCUCCAGCCGCCCCAGCUUCCAGUGGUUCGUGCCAUAUUGCAGGGCCUGCUGACAUCAUGAGUCUGGACUCUGACGGUGCUCUGCUCAGUGUGCCCGGAGCUCUCCAGCCCCUGAGCCUCUCCAGCGCCCCAGAGAAACUAAUUGAGGGUCUGAAGUCUCCAGAGACAUCCCUCCUGCUCCCUGAUCUGUUAUCCCUGGCCGACCCCUUUGGUGGCUCUACAGCUGGCUCCAGCAAUGGUGACUGUCUCUCUGCCUGCCUGCCUGCCUGUCCCGUCUGUCUGUCUGUCUCUCUGCCUGCCUGCCUGUCUGUCUGUCUGUCUGCCUCUCUGCCUGCCUGCCUGCCUGUCUGUCUUGUCUGUCUGUCUGUCUGUCUGUCUCUCUGCCUGCCUGCCUGUCCCGUCUGUCUGUCUGCCUCUCUGCCUGCCUGCCUGCCUGUCUGCCUGCCUGUCUGUCUCUCUGCCUGUCUGUCUGUCCGUCUGUCUCUCUGCCUGCCUGCCUGCCUGUCUGUCCUGUCUGUCUGUCUGCCUGCCUGCCUGCCUGUCCCAUCUGUCUGUCUGUCUGUCUGUCUGUCUGUCUGCCUGUCUGCCUGCCUGCCUGCCUGCCUGCCUGUCUGCCUGCCUGUCUGCCUGUCUGCCUGCCUGCCUGUCUGUCUGUCUACAGCUGGCUCCAGCAAUGUGGUCUUCGUGGACUCCUUGCUCCCUGGGUUAGACGCCCCCCAGCCUCAACAGCAUGUGACCCCUCCCGAACCCAGCUCUGCUCGGUUGCUAGACGCCCUGGCUGGGGGUGACACUCUGCUGGGCUGCUCCCUGCUCUCUAACCCCCCCACCCCGCCCGUGUCCUCCCUCUCCUCCCCUCCCUCCUCUGCGUCUGCGGUCUCUGCCUCCUUUCUGGAUGAGUUUGCCCCUGCACAGCCCCUCACAGACUGCUCCCUCCUCCUGUCGGAGCUGGACCCGCCGGAGAGCUUGGGGACGGGUGCAGAGGAUGAGUUUGACCCCAUCCCUGUGCUCAGCUCCAGAGGCCCAGCACAAGGUGGACACUCGCGCAGUAACAGUGGCAGCUCAGACUCCAGCCUCCCUAAUCUGGCACGAUCUCUCCUCCUGGUGGACCAGCUUAUCGAUUUGUAGGGGGCGGGAUUGUGCCCCAGUCCCUCCCCCUCUCCGGGGGGCCCACUUUCAGACUCUUAACCAGUGGUCAAUCUUUCCCAAUCACCUGACCUUUACAUCAUUAGCUCCCCCAAGUCCUAUUGGCUUAUAAAAAUUCCAUCAUGUUGUAUUUUGUCUUGUCUUUAACCAUGGUAUCUUCACUAUCUCUCUCUCAUUCCCUUUAUCCUCUCUCUUUCAUCAAGCUCCAUCUGUCCAUCUCCAGCUCCCCAUGUGAGCUCCUUCCCCUGUAAGCUCCUCCCCCUUUGAGCUCCUUUCCCUGUGAGCUCUUUCCCCUGUAAGCUCCUCCCCCUUUGAGCUCCUUUCCCUGUGAGCUCCUUCCCCUGUAAGCUCCUCCCCCUUUGAGCUCCUUUCCCUGUGAGCUCCUUCCUCUGUAAGCUCCUCCUCCUGUGAGCUCCUUCCUGUCAGCUCAUCCUCCUAUGAGCUCCUUUCCCUGUGAGCUCCUUCCUCUGUCAGCUCCUCCUCCUGUGAGCUCCUUCCCCUGUCAGCUCCUCCCCCUGUGAGCUCCUUCCCCUGUGAGUUCCUCCCCCUGUGAACUCCUUCUCCUGUGAGCCUCUCCCCCUGUGAACUCCUUCCCCUGUGAGCUCCUCCUCCUGUGAGCUCCUUCCCCUGUGAGCUCUUUUCCCUGUGAGCUCCUCCCCCUGUGAGCUCCUACCCCUGUGAACUCCUUCCCCUGUCAGCUCCUUCACCUGUCAGCUCCUUCCCCUGUGAGCUCCUUCCUCUGUGAGCUCCUUCCUCUGUGAGCUCCUCCCCCUGUGAACUCCUUCCCCUGUGAACUCCUCCCCCUGUGAGCUCCUUCCUCUGUGAGCUUUCACCUGUGAGCUCCUUCAUCUGUGAGCUCCUUCACCUGUCAGCUCCUUCAUCUGUGAGCUCCUUCCUCUGUCCUGUGAGCACAUUUCGGUUUGAGAUUUUUCUGUUGUUUGACUUUUUUCUGUCCUUUGUGGAGGCACAGAACAGGCUGUUUUCCCAAGUGAUUGCGCUUUUCCUGAUUGCAGUCUGCAGUCAAGGCACAGUUCCUACACAGGUCCAUGCCUACAACACCCAUAGUGCUUUUCAGCCUGUCAUCCUCUGACUGCGUCUGUUUGGUUGCCCUUACAAGAUGUUGCCAUCUCUGAUCAUCCAGUGUUUUGUUUCUGGUACUUUCGUAAUUGUGAUAAAUGUUAAUUUAAUGGAGCUCAUGUGUUUCAUUUUUUAUAACACUGGAAUGACGUUAUAUAAACUCUGGGUGCUGUACUCUCAGUAUACUCUCAAGAUUCUCAGUAACUUUUCCACAGGAAGAAAAAAGUUACCAUGGUCCAACUACAAAAUUAAAUGUGUUCCAGAUCACCCAGUGGUUGUCUUGUUGUCAUCCAGGUUGUUAAGGACUUCUAGGGUUUUUCCUACCAUGAAAAGGGUUUUUUUUUAAGCAAAAGAAAAUGUGAUAUACAUUUUAGGCCAUAUUGCCCAGAACUUGUUAGAAAUGCCGUCCAGCUAACAUCUGAAGUGUGGCAAUUCAAGUAUGGCAUGAAUUUCCCCAUAAUUAUGAGUCAUUUUAACCUAGAAACACAUUUUGGAGCUUAUAUAUGGCUGUGAAGAGAGUCUCCUCUUUCUUGUGGUAAUAUCUUCCUACUCCAAAUUUUCAGCAAGAUUCAAAUCAUUUAAACUGUCACUAAACUGUUUUUGAGAAAAAAAGACUCCACAGUUCAACUGUGUCUGAUUUGAUAAAAAUAGUUUGCUGUACAAACAAGCCGUUAACCCCCAACUCAAAAUGACAGAACACGUUUCCUAGUGAUAAGGAUUAAAAUAUUAUUAUUCAAAAUGUCACUUUUUCCCUGCUUUCAUGGCUCUGAUUACUGGGUGGCAACGCAAACAAGCCAAGCAUCCCUGCAUGUGAAAGUCCUGCCCACAGAGCAUGCUGUCUUGUCCUCUCUCCCUCUCUCUCUAUUUUGCUCUCUCUCUCCCUCUCUCUCUCUCCUUCUCUGUCUCUCUCCCUCGCUCUCUCUUCUUUGCUUUUCUCCAACAUUAUCAGAGGGCUACAUUGUGCCGAUAAAUAUAUAAUAUUUUAGUUUUCCCAUUCCUUGCUUUGGCGCAUGGCAAAGAUUUCUCUAUGCAGGAAAACCCCUUAUAUUAGCCAUGGUUCCAGGACCUCACACCACGGUGUUUUACAGAAUUUUUCAGGAUAAUGUGCAACUGCCAAUCCUUUAGCGCGUUUCGUUUGUGGCACUUUGGGUAGCAGUGUUGUAUGUUAAUUUAUUGUAGCUUAAUAUGUUUAGUGGUAUAAUUGGUAUAAUGCUGGGAGAAGACUUUUCUUAACCUGUGUUAAGAAAAGCAGCACCUGGCCUACCCAGCAUGCCAUUCUCAGCCAUUGCCCCGCUUCCUUGUACAUACCCCGUUUCCAUGGCAUCCGUUUGCCCUAAACAAUGGAUAUCGUUUCUCUCCAUCGACAUGUGCCACUGUUUACGUGAACCCCUUUCCCCCCUCAUUGUCAAAUUAAGUUAUAAAGUAUAUAGUAAAAAAACAGAUUCUAAAAGAUAUUUAAAAUACGGUUCAGAAUAUAUGUGAAUAUAGAUGGAGUGGUUAUUGAAUGAAUGUAUGAUAUUUAAAUCUCAUUAUUAUGGAUAUAGUUUUACGCAAAAUUCUUUAUUUCUGUGUCUUCUGUAAGGAGUGUAAAUUUGGGAGAUUAGCGAUGGCCGUCCACCAUGGUGUAAGGACUGUCCUGUCCAUCCCUGUUAUUGUUUGUUGGGAGGUCUAUUUGUGGAGCAGAUGUUAAAACAGAUGGUAUUGAUGUUGUUUAAAAAAAAAAAAAAAGCAUUGUUUUAAACAUUACCCCUGUGUCAGCGCUUUUUUUUUCCAUAUGCGUUUCCUCUGUCACCACAGAAACAUGGAAUUGUGUCCCAGAAGGCACUUCUUUUUUUUUUUGUCUCUGUACUGAGAAGGGUCUCUGGUGGGGGCUUCCUGUCUUUAACAGGCUUGCCGUGUCUGCUGUAAUGAGCACGCCCUCUAUGCAUGCAUAUCUCUGCAGAUUCCUCUGCAGCAUGGGCAUGCUGUUUCAGAAAACAGCUUGUGGCUCAUGGUCACAUUUAUUUUGGACAAGCGCACAGCUUUUUGGAAGAAAAUAAAAGGUGAAAGGACAUGUAAAGGUCUUCAGUGCACAGCUGGAACAGGGUCUUUUUCCUUUUCGGCUAAAGUGCAGAAUCUUUCAUUUUAUGGUCAUUUUUCAUUUUUUCUUCUUUUUUUAAAGCAAAUCCAUUAAACUCUUCUGCUUAUG